AUGAAUGCACACUGUAGUGUUGUCUUGACAACAGUGUAGAAGCAAAAUCGGUUGGCUGGACAUGUAGUCAAGAUAGAAGUUCUGGUCCAGUGGCAGCAUGUGAUCAUAAAACAGGAAUAUGGCUGUCCAGGAUGUUCAGAAGUUUCUUGUUAGCUGCACUGCUUCUCUUAUCUUGGAGCAUGGAGUUCAGGAGCAGGAUGGAGAAGACCCUACCUUACAGGAAAUGGCAAUGGUCAAACUGGGGGGCCAUAUGCUUAAAAAUGUGGUUAAUUUUGGGGGGUGUUCGUCCUUGAGAAUUUGCAUUCUAUCAGGCAACUUCAUUACCAACAUAGCUGCUUUGUCAGGGUGUGUGCAUUUAGUGAAGUUAGACCUCAGUGGAAAUCAGAUAACACAACUACCAGAUGCAGUCUACUGGAAUAAGUUUACAGAACUCCUACUGUUGAACCUUCAUGACAACAAUAUGUCUACCCGAAAGCACAUUGGUGGACUGUCUUGCUGUCCAAAUCUGAUUGCUUUGACCAUGCAUGACACACCAUUAAGCUUGAAGGCAAACUACAGACACUGUAUUGUCAACACCCUGUGGUCAUUGAAAGCUUUGGACAAUUACGUUAUUUCUGAUGAGGAAAUCAUCGAAGGUUUCACACUCUCACCUAAAUUCAGAAAAAUGGCUCCGAAUUUAGCCAUCAAUCUUCAUCCUACACCAAUAAUGGAGACCUUCAAGGAUGAGAUGUGGUCGGUUAGGCAGAUCAUUUCCAAAAUCAACCGAAUCCAAGCAAAAUUCUCCCCAACUUUAAUCAUUCAGAGAUGCAUUAGAGGUCAUCUAGUCAGGAAAUGUUUGUGUGUAAGACAACCUUGGAGAAAGACUCGAAAACUACUUACACCCAUCACGUCUAAGGGCACAACUGCAGAAGACCAUUCUAUUCCUGACAAACAGUCAGUUUUUGUCACAAACUUUUCUGUGGCUGACAAACAGACAGAUGUUACAGGUGAAGAUAAAUCAUCUAAUAAAAAACUGAAUGCACCCUUCAACACCCCCCAGCUCAGUAAAGUUUUAAGAUCCGGCACAAGCAGGGAUGACAUUGGCAUGUCCAACAGGUUCCAGAGCCUGGCCCUGGACACGACUGGCAUCCUGUUUGGCUCCAAGGCCGUGCUCCACCAGGCGGAGCCCAUGUACGACAUGCUCCUCGCCCGCAGACAGGAUGGAAUCAACGUCCGCGGGGACAUCAACCAGCUCCAUACCCUCAAACCCAUCAACCCGCCGCCCACUCGUCACCCCAUGGUCAUUGCCAAGCAGAGGCUGGUGGAGCGAUGCAACGCUGGCAUCGACCUGGAGGUCUUCCAGACCAUCGAGAGAUGCAACAGGGCGCGGGAGCACAAGGCGGCUGUUCGGAUGAAGGCAGACGAGGUGGCAAAUGCCCUGGCCAGGAGGGAGGAGGCCAAGGACUACAGGGACACCUUCAUGGAGAGCAGGCGCAAGGAGGCACAGCUGCUGAAACAGCAGGAGCAGAGCGAGUUGCAGGAGGCGCUGACCCGGCUGAAGAACAGUCGCAACCAGUACGUCCAGCAUGCCAGGGAGAGGUACUCCCAGUACCUGGAGAGCAGGAAGAUCCAGCAAUACGAACAGGUCAAAAUGAACAGGUUCUGCGGCCAUCACCUGUCCCUGAGUAAGGUGGUGGCCAAACAGCAUGCCAAACAAAGGAACAGCAUCAUCACACAGGAGAAGCACAGCCUGGUGAUGUCCGCCCGCACACACGAAAUACUGCAGAGGAAGCUGGUCAAGGACCACCUGGAUCGCAGGAGACAGUCCUUCAGAGACAGUGCUGCGAGGUCUCGAAGGACCAGGGACGUUCACAAGAAGAAAGUGCAGUGUAACCUCUUCCGAGCCAAAGGGGUUGGUCCUAAGACCAAACCCAGUUUAAUGACAGUGCCAAAGAAAGUCAUUGUGUUUCCAAAAAUUGCAUAAAUAUAUACAAAGUUUUAAGACUCACACAAGAAUGACCAACACUGAAGGUGGCAAAAGACAAAGGAUAAAGAAUACGAAGGAAGAA